AUGGACGCCCUAUACUUAUACAGCGAAAGCGGCAAUAAGUUGGUGGAACAGCUUUUCGAAAAUGACAUAAAUGCUGAAAAGACGCACGAAGAGAUUAAAGACAUAAUAACGGGCAGUACUUCAGUUGAAAGUUCCAAUUGCACUGUAAUCAGCAGUGCGUGUGAGGAAAGUAUAAUCAGGAAGGCCUUCGAAGGGAAAUUUAUCUUCUUCAUUAAGCAGGAUUCUCUCUACUUUGUAAUUAUAAAGAAGGAUGAAACGAACCCAGUGAUGUCAGUGGAGGUGAUUCGAGAAAUGGUGGAGCUUUUUAAAAAAUAUUUUAAAAUAGAAAAGCUGGAGGAAGAUACGAUAACGAAUAAUUAUUCUGUUGUUGUUUUUCUGAUUAAUGAAAUAUUAACAGAGGGAGGAAAGCCGAGUGUACUUAUUGACGAUAUUUUGAAAAAUAUGGUGCAGCAUGGUUCGGGACUGCUCAGUGAGACAUUAAAACACGCACCCGUGGCGAAGAAUCUGCCGAGCUUGCUUCCAAUAGAGAAAUAUGCUCCAGCGGAGGAUGUGCCAAACGGGGAGAAUGCCAAUCAGAGUCAGAAUAACGGGGCGGAAAUCCAGAACAAAGGUGUGUCAAAUGCCUUUUGGGGAGCAAAUAACUUAUGUCAAGUGCAGAAUAUGAUAUAUGUAGACAUGAUGGAGAGUGUAAAUUGCGUGUUGACUAAGAAGAACAGGUUACUGCACUUUGCUGUUCAAGGGAACGUUUUCGUCAAGUGCACAGUUCGUGGGUCUCCAUUACUUAAAAUGGCCUUUAACAAAAAUAUAAAACUGCAUUUGACCCACCUACAUUUCACUGCCAAUUAUAAUAUGAUAUUCAGAAGAGCAUUUUGUGACCCGAACGCAGAAAGAAAUUAUCUCUACUUCGUCCCCCCGAAUGAGCCAUAUCUUAUUAUGCAGUAUUUUUACCACUUCCCCUUGAAACGUAAUAGGAAAAGAGUGCCGGCAAGAAGUGCAUGCAGUACCGGACCCACCCCUGCGGAGCUAACCAAUGUGCUGAAUUUAACAGCUGAUAACUCCACGCGGGAUCCUCCUUCCCUUACGGAUAAGAACACAGAAGAGGGGAAAAAGCAGGUGGAAAAGAAAAAGGAGCAAGUGGAUAAGGAUAAGAAAGAGGAGCAAGUGGCUAAGGAUAAGAAAGAGGAGCAAGUGGCCAAGGAUAAGAAAGAGGAGCAAGUGGCUAAGGAUAAGAAAGAGGAGCAAGUGGAUAAGGAUAAGAAAGAGGAGCAAGUGGCUAAGGAUAAGAAAGAGGAGCAAGUGGAUAAGGAUAAUUGUAAAAAGGAAGACGAUUUGAAAAAUGAAGAGAAGGAAGCUUCCUUAGCGGAAAAUCGAUUCAAGAAUUACAUGGAAGGAAAGAACAGACCAGUUCCGGAGGGGCCCCUGCACAGGAGCACUAACCAGGCUGCGAAGCCUGCACGGACUGGUGUAAAGACCUCUAAGGGGAAGCAGCAAGGUGGGAGUGCAAAUGCGAACGCCCCGAGUAGCGAAACGAUGCUGUUUCGAGACAUGAUUCCCAGCAUAGAGAGCCACGAGAAACACUUGCUGCCCAUAAAGGUUCAGGGAGUCGUCACCUAUGUACCUAGAUCCUACAAAUACAACAUCAAGCUGAGACUCAUUCUGAAUGAGAUAACGAAAAGCCGUAGUAACCCAGCACAGAUAAAUGGCUAUGAGAAUAUCUCUGUAAAAAUCCCAGUGUAUAAUUUCAUAAGGAAUGUUAAUAUAAUUUGCACCGUAGGAAAUAUAGUGUACACAGAAUUCUACAAUUCGGUCGUUUGGUGCAUCCCCCGAGUGGACAAUUCGGACAUUGAAUUAUCGGCUGAGUUGACCUUUUACAUCCAGCCAAAUCCAGAUGGGUUAUUUAGUAACCAUAUGUAUUAUUAUGAAAAGCUUUUAAGGUACCAUAAUAAUGAGUAUAUCAAUGGGCUGCCGGAUACUUCCAGAGGGAAUGGCAUUGCUGAUUGCUGCUAUCACAGUGAUAAUCCUAAUAAUGGUUUAGUGGUGAGAGGCAGUAAUUCCAGCAAUCUUCGUAACCCAGUUCGUGUUUUCCCCAACCGUUUGUCCAAAUGGUUGGAUAUGGAAGCGUGCAACUAUCCCGAAUUCUCUUUCCCAGUGUAUGUCUCCUUCAUCGUCACUGGGGUAACGGCUUCGGGGAAGCAUGUAGAAAAUGUCGAGUUGCACAGACCCACACAUGCGCGCCUGUCCCCGGUGUGCAGGUACAGCACUUCCUACUCCCAUGUGGAGUUUAGAAUAUAG